AUGGUUGCCCAUGCCGAUAUUCUUCUGUGGAAAUGUGCUCAGUUUCGAAACGAAAGUCAAUUCAUCGACGUUCGAUUGAAAGUUGGUGAAGACAUCUUUCCAGCUCAUCGUGUCUUGCUGGCUGCGAAUAGCGACUAUUUCUACGCCAUGUUUACGGAUGGAAUGAAGGAGUCCAACCAGGAAGUGAUCGAGUUAAAAGAUGAAAGCAUUUCACCAGAUGUUUUUAAGAUCAUACUGGACUCUAUCUACACCGGACAUCUUCUUGUCGACAGGGAAUCCGUGACCAAAGUUCUUGCUGCCGCAGAUCAUCUGCAAGUCGCAAGUGUUGUUCAUCAGUGUUGUAAUUUCUUGCUGACAGAGUUCGUCAAGAUUCGUUUCGACUUUGAAACUUACUGUCGCAUCUGGGAAAUCGCGUUGAGCUAUGGGCUGAAAGAUCUUCAAGACACUGCAGAGUAUAACGUGGCUAAGAUGUAUACAGAUGUUUGUGAGAGCGAGAAAUUUUUGACGCACAUAGGUGGAAACCAUUUAGUCAGCCUUCUCAACCGAGAUGACCUUGAUGCACCUUCGGAGACGUUCAUCCUCAAAUCCGUGAUGCAGUGGAUUAACUACAAGAAGGAAGAGAGGAUGGCAGUUGCAGCCAAAGUUAUUGGAGCUGUUCGUCUGGGGCUGGUUGAUAUUAGAGUUGUAAUUGAUGAUCUUAACACCGAGGAGAUGCAACAAAUUCCUGAAAUUUAUAGGCAGGUCUACGAAGCAGCAAUCUAUAGACACAGGCCAACCUGUAAACCUAAGUCUUCAGUGGAGCAAACAAAGCCACGAUCAAAGAGCCCGGUUCUUGUGGCUAUUUUGCCUGAGGAAAGAAUGCAGUACUACGACGUAGAGGCCAAGACUUGGAAGACUUUACCGGUUGCCUCCUCGCAAAUUGGGGCAACUCGGUGUUACUGCGCAGUAUCUGUUGGCGAUAAGUUGAUUGUUGCUGCGGAGGACUCCUUAGGUAACUGCAUGUACCAUUAUGAUACAGAGGCAAAUGUGUGGGAGAGGCAUCUACAUUCAGGUCUUAAUAUCAGUAAAAUAUGUGUUACAGAACAGUAUUUGUAUGCAUUUUAUGCAGGUUGUAACGAGGCCCCUCAAAGGUACAAUUUCGCUAAAUGUCAGUGGCAAACAAUUGCUAAAGUAAGUAACACGAAUAAUGACCGUAGUCGCUUUUUCUUUAUUGAUGUCGCAGUAUUGAAUUCAAAGGUGUAUGCUCUCUAUAACGAAAAAAAUCGACAAUCAGAUUCUUACCAUUGGCGUACAAAGUCAACUGCAUUGCAUUGUUUUUAUCCACAAGCGAAUAGGUGGGAAGUAAAAGCAACAACUUCCUUAAAUCACGUUCAUUCCAGUCUUACUGAAGUGAACAGUAAACUGUUCGUCGCUUGGGGAAAAACAGUGGAAAUGUAUAGCGAAGAAACCAACAGGUGGUCCACUGUUCCACAAACACAUAUUCCUGGUAACAAUCUCAAUGCAGUGGUAAUGGGAGGGAGGGUGUACUUCAUCGUCAAAAACUUUCCAGUUGACAGUGGAAUCGAAUUGCACAUGGGAACCUGA